AUGCUUUCAUCCGCGUAUAAAGUUUUUAAUUUUGAUUAUUCUCCAACCCCACUAACAUAUCCAACUUCUGAUCGGGCUAAUUUGUUAAAGAACGCUCAGCCAUCAACUUCAACAUUUGUUGCACUGGAUGGCAACAAACUGGCAAAGGAUGACAAACUGGAAUACGAUAUACCCGACGUCACUGAUAAAUCAAUUGCAACAACAACAUCUGGUAUCGUCAUUGCUCUCAAAAUUCUACCAACCACAUCAACAAACGCUACAUUAGCUCACGCCACCACCACCACCACCACCAACAUCAACUGCAACAACAGCAGCAACAGCAACGACGAGAUUAUUAGCACGAACUGCAGAGCGCAUUCGUGUAAGAUUUGUGAGAGAGUUUUUUCAAGGAGUGACAUGCUCUCCAGACACAUGAGAUUGCACACUGGCCAGCGUCCAUACAUCUGCAACACCUGCAAUCAGGUGUUCAGUAGGAGCGACCACCUCCAAACCCACCUACGCACGCACACAGGUGAGAAACCCUACAGGUGUUCAUCCUGCUCGUACGCCGCUCCACGUCGGGACAUGGUCACCCGGCACAUGAGGGUGCAUGCCAAG